AUGUCGUUCUUGCCCUCCAUCCGCGCAUCAACCCGUCUGUCUCUCAGACCAGGCUCAACAGCCAUCCUCCCAUCCACAACCUCCGCAUUCCACACAUCCGCAGCUCGUUCGGGUCUAAAGGAGGGAGACCAAAGUCGCGACAACUUGAACGAGCACUACGAGUCCGAGAAGCAGGAUCAAAUCAAGAGACAGAAAGAGGGACAGGGGAAAUGGAACCAGAACCUUGCUAGCAAUAGUGAGGCAUCGGUCAAGGCCGAUAGGGGAGAGGUCCAGGGUAAAGAGGAUUUUGUUGACCUGCAAGAUAAGACGAAGAACGAGCCUAACAAGAAGGGUUAA